AGAGUUGAAUGCCGCAGAACACGAGUAGGUAACGCGGGGUGGCCAUGCUGGAUGAUGUGAGAAUAUCGAUGACGUAGGCUCAGUGUCACCACACACAACCCCCAGUUCACUUCCGAUGCAUCAGUGCGAAAUGGGAAUGGAUUUUGUGCAUGUGAUCAUGUUUCCAUAGAGCCUGGAAUAAGAGGCCUCUACAUACUUCUCAUAUAUUCACGGUCGAUAACUAUUUGAUCUUCUCAAUUUGAUCUUCUCACACUUUUUGUCGAUUCGAAAGCUCGCUUGGGUUUCCGUCCGCAGUUUGGGAAAUUGACAAUGUCUAGACCUCGAGACAUCGAAGCGGUCAGCCCACGACACCGCAGAGCUUCUGACCCGAGGCCAAGGCAACAGGAAGCGGCACAUUCCGCUUCUUCUCUUACUCUCAGGUCCACGGUCGUCGGCAUCAUAGUCGGCAUUUUAAUAUGCCUCUCCAACACGUAUUUCGGUCUUCGCACUGGUUUCCUGGCCAUCAUGAGCCUGCCUUCAACCAUAUUGGGCUUUGCCUUCUUUAAAACAAUCCAAGACCAUUUGGCAUUUCCAUUUACUCCCCAAGAACAUGCGACAAUGGUAGUGAUUGCGAGCUCAUUGGGCUUGAUGCCUUUCACGAUCGGAUCUGUCGGAAUUUUACCAGCCAUGGAGUUUCUCACGAACGAAUCAGAAAAUGGCCCUUUCCACCUUGAUUGGGCUCAACUCUGUGUUUGGUCCAUUGGUGUCAGCAUCCUGGGCGUUGCUGUGACUUUACCAUUGCGGAAACGGUUUCUUGUCCAAGAGCCUUUGCCAUUUCCAUUUGGAACAUCGUCGGCAGCCAUGAUUGGAUCGCUGCACCGGGAUGCUGACAUUGCACAUCGAAUUCUCCGCGCUCAGAAUGAUUUGGAAAGUGUCAACGACAAGCAAAAGCAAUCAAUUGUAGAAGAUUCAGUUGAUACUGACGAUAGCCUCCUACAACAUGGUUGGAGUCAGAAUAACAAACUCAUUCUCGUCACUUUCUUGUUCGCGGCACUUUACUCUCUUACUGCAUAUUUUAUUCCGCAAAUACGCACCAUAAAUAUCUUCGGCAAUUAUCUUGCUCAAGAAUGGCUCUUUUCCCUUUCAACAUCCCCUGGCUAUGUCUCUAUCGGCUUGAUUGUACCCCCAAUCACUACCCUUUGGAUCGUCGUUGGAUGCUUGAUUGGAUGGGGAAUACUUUCACCUCUAUCCAGGCUCAAUGGAUGGGCCCCAGGCUCUGUAUCCGACUGGGAAACAGGUUCAAGAGGUUGGAUCAUGUGGAUUGCAGUUGCACUGAUUUUAGGCGAUACAGCCGUCACUCUUUCGACAAUGCUUCUACGUUCCUUCAAUGUCUACGCUAUACCAAAUCUAGUAGAACUUUCGACAUAUUGGAAAGGAAAUUACCACUUUGAUGACGAUGAGGAUACACAGCCUCUUAUCAGAGGCCCAUUACGGCCUGAAAUAACGCCUCAAGUUGGGUCUCUAGAUUAUCGGGACGACAAAUUAACGACCAAAGUCUAUCUGAUCUGGAUCCUAACUGGCCUGCUCUUAUGCUUCGCUUCUAUGGUCGUACUUUUUGGUUCUUCAGUUCCCGUACUAGCCUUACUACUGGCGGUAUUCACAAUUUUACCGCUAAGUCAUGUUAACAUUCGCUGUUACGGAGAAACGGGAACUGGCGGCGCGGCCUAUAUUGGUAUGUGGUAUCUGUUCCUGCAGAAGAAUUCGGCUUAACGCUUCGGGCAUAUCACAGCCAAAAUUCCGCAAUUUCUGUUCGCCUUCCUGAUACCUUCAGCAAAUCCAAACGCCAUUUUACUCAGCUUGGCCGUUGCUGGUGUUGUUGAAGCCAGUGUAUGGCAAGCGGCAGAGAUGAUGGACGAGUUCAAAAUGGGACAUCUUGUCAAUGCGCUACCGAUGUCUCUUUUCUAUGGCCAACUGAUCGGGUCACUGGUGGGAUCCGCUAUAUCGAUGCUGGUUUACCGACUUUACACCAGCAUACUCAGUUUUCCGUCUAAAGACUUUCCUAUGCCAUCGGCGCUAGUGCGGAAGAUGACGCACCGGGUGACCCGUUUGACGUACCCGUCGUCCCGAGGCGAGCGAUUACUUGGCAGGAC